GAGCCACUGACACGUACGAAUGCCUCAAUAAUUUGUAGGAAGGUGAUACAGUUACAGGAAAGGAAUACGUCCAAUGCAUUUCCGUUAGCAAUCGAAACGCUUUCUUAAUGUGCGCUACUCUGUUCAGAAGCUCGCGUUUAAAGGAGGUGUGUACGGCACCAGUAGUCGGAGUACAAUGAGGUUUUCUAUGUUGAUCGGUCUGUUGAGGCCGAUCGGCCCGGUUAUUAUCGGGAUCUCUCUGGGAUUUACUCUGAGUUUGCUGAGUGUGAGUUGGGUAGAGGAGAGCUGUGAUAUCAAUACCAUAGCAGAUGAAGGAAUCGUUUUAUCUCAGGACGGAAGUCUGAAAGGAGCUCGGAGACCCAACUCUAUUUCCACUGGGAGUGAUGGUGAGGAGGAGGAGGAGGAUUUCCAGCCGAGAAUAAUCCCAUAUAAACCAGUCAAACAAUCUCAGCCCAAGAAACUUUUCAGGGCGAAAUACAUCAGCACAGAGCUGGGGAUCCGAGAGCGUCUUUUUGUGGGAAUACUGACCUCCAAAAACACCAUCAACACUCUAGGUGUGGCUGUCAACCGCACCAUCAGCCAUCAUCUGGACAAUGUUGUGUUUUUCACUGGUACGCGAAACCGCAAGAUCCCCCACGGGAUGGUCGUGGUCACCCACGGUGAUGAACGCCUCAUCUGGAACAUGUUCCAGACCAUCAAGUACAUUCUAGAACACUACAUCACAGAGUACGACUGGUUCUACCUCGCCCAGGACGACACGUACACUCAGGCGGAUCGUAUCAAGACUCUGGUGGAGCACUUAAGUAUGAGCCGGGUGCUGUAUAUGGGCAGCCCAGAAGAGUUCAUCGGAGGUGAGAUGCAGGGGCGCUAUUGCUAUGGGGGUUUCGGAUACCUGCUGUCCCGCAGUCUUCUGCUGAGGCUCCAGCCCUUCCUGGAGAAUUGCAGGAACGACAUCCUCAGCGCCAGACAUGACGAGUGGCUCGGGCGAUGCAUCAUUGACUACGCUGAUACCCACUGCGUAGAAGAAUUUGAGGGGCAGAAGUAUUAUUAUUAUGAAAUGGGAAAAAAUUCUGACCCCAGUAAGGAAGAUAAUGGGCAGUUUAAGAAUGCAUUGACCGUCCACCCAGUGUCUGAUCCUGAGCAGAUGUACAGACUUCACAAACACUUCACUGAGAUUGAGCUGCAGAAGACUUAUGAGGAAAUCGAAAAACUGCAGGCAGAAAUAAAAAAUGUGAGUGCGGUGGCUUUUGAGGGCAACCGUAGUGCUUUGUGGCCUGUUGGAAUCAGUCCACCCUUUGAGCCAAAGACUCGUUUCGAGGUCCUCCGGUGGGAUUACUUCACCGAGGAUCAGGUAUACUCGUGCAUUGAUGGCUCUCCGAAAUGCGAGCUCCGUGGAAUCGAUAAACUGGAUGUAGCUGACGUCAUUGAGACGGCUAUGGGUGAGCUGAACAAGAAGUACAAACCCGUUCUUCACCUGAAGAAGCAGCAGCUUAUUAACGGAUACAGGCGCUUCGACCCGACCAGAGGGAUGGAGUACACCCUGGACCUCCAGCUGGAGGUGGUUAACCAGAAAGGACACAGUCGCUCCAUCACCAAGAGGGUCCACCUGGUCAGGCCUCUCAGUCGUAUCGAGAUCAUCCCCAUGCCUUAUGUUACAGAAGCCACUCGAGUCCAUAUCAUCCUCCCCGUCACUCUUCAAGAACGAGAGCAUGUUCAGCAGUUUUUAGAAGUGUACGCCACAAACGCAUUUGAAACUAGUGAGAAUGCCAUCUUGACCUUUCUUUUUAUCUACGAUACAAUCGAGGCCCAACAGGUUAACCAGAAUGACAUCUUUGCCAACGUCAAAGCGCAGAUCGGUGCUUAUGAGCACCGGUACCCCACGGUCAAAAUCCCCUGGAUCAGCGUUAAAAGUGAAAGCCCCUCUCAAAUCAAAUUCAUGGACAUCAUCUCCAAGAAGCACCCGGUUGACACGUUGUUCUUUAUCGCAACUGUGAAAACCAGCAUCAACUCAGAGUUCCUUAAUCGCUGUCGGAUGAACUCCAUCAACAGCUGGCAGGUCUUUUUUCCCGUCCAUUUCCAAUACUACAAUCCCGACAUUGCUUAUCACAACCAGCCUCUUCCCAAUACGAUGGAUUUGGUCAAAGAGUCCGGCCUCUUUGAUCGCAGUUCCUUCACAGAAGCGUGUUUCUACAACUCGGACUACAUGGCGACUCGGACACGCAUGUCUUCGGAUGUCCAGGAGAACGAGGAGAUCCUGGAAAACCUGGAUAUAUAUGACAUGUUUGUCAAAUACUCUGGCCUCCAUGUUUUCCGAGCAGUGGAGCCGGCCCUUCAUCAGAAAUAUAGCUACCAGCCGUGUAAUCCUCGACUUAGUGAAGAUAUCUACCAGAGGUGUGUGCAGAGCACCCUGGACAGCCUGGGGUCACGCUCUCAGCUCGCCAUGCUGCUAUUUGAACAGGAACAAGGCAACAGUACUUAAAACCAAACUUUGAAGAUCUUGAGAUGGCCGAGAGGCGAUAGACGGUUUGUUUUUUGUCCAUUGGGCUGAUGCUUUACUAGUAGCCGGUCUGUGGAGUCACAGUACUGGGCAAACAAAAAUGCUGUCGGUACCAAAAGAAAGACUAAAAACAUUUGAAAUCUAUUUAAAAAUAGCAGAUUUUUAAAUGACAACUGGAUUUAUGAUUUGCUAUCUUUUCUUUGGAGCAGGUUGGUUUAUGUUGGCUCUUAAAGCAAGCAGCUGGUUGCUGUAGAAAUGAUCACUACCGUAACGUUUCUAAAUCGCCGUGCCUUCAAAAAUAUGCUGUCCUUUCAUAAUACUUUUGUCUCGUCAUCGCAGACACUUUUGCUCAAGCUGAUUUGUUUAAUGUAACAGGGUUUUUGUCGUAUGAAGGAACCGUAUCCAGAUUCUAACAAUGCUUCAGUCAGUUAACCCCCUAGUAUUAGCUUGUUAAAUCUACAGCUGAUUUUAACAAGGUAAAAAUCAUUGUCUUAUUCACCAUUCGUGCCAAAAAACAAAUAUUGAGACAGUUUAUUGACCGUUUCGAACACUAUUUUGCCCAAAGUUUUAACCAGCGUGGUUCCAUACUUUCUGAAAUGUAUGCUUGAAUUCUGAACAGCAGAACACAGAUGCAAAUACCUGCAUAUAAUUAUUAUUAUUUUUAUUUUUUUUUUAACCAUUGAAACCGCCUCAAAGAGAUUUUUCUGAUGAAACAAGUUAACUUUUGCACUAAUACUUUCAUAGCAAGUCCGUCUUGUAUAUCAGUAAUGCUGCACAAUACGCCUGUCAAAACAUUUCAUUCUGUUCUGGAAAGAAUAUAGGGUGCAUUACAUGGUUAUAGUUAGUUCCUGUUCUGUCUACCAGAGAGGAGUGCAAUACUAGUGCAAUACUGUUCAGAUGGUGUAGUGUAUUGAGCCUGCUGAUGGAAACACUCCAGAUGAGUUGAACACAUCUAUUGAACAUAUUUCUGAAGAUGCACUAUAGAGAGCCUCUAUUACGUACCAUUCCAAACACUUCACAAAACAAAAUGUGUUUUCGUGACAGUAUAUUAGGUUAUAUAAGAUAAUUCCGAUUUGUUUGUGUAUAAAGAUUUUGUAGGUCUCUGGUUUUUUUUUUUUGGUCCCUGUUUCUUGGUACAUGUGUUUACUGUAUUUACUUAGUGUUGUGUUAAAAUGUUUUUGGUAUUUUUAUUAUUAUUAUUUUUUUUAUUUAAACAAUCAUAAUCUCAAUGCAGUACACUGACAACAUCUUACAAAGUGACUUGUGUUACACAAUAUCAUGAUGCUGGAUGUCAAAUGAUUUUGCGUACAAGAGCUGUGAAAUAGGUUUUUACAACGUGCUAUGUUUUGAACGUUUUUAAAUGACACAUGCACAACAUGAAUGAACGCAUCACAAAAUAAGCACAGAUUAAAGCCGCUACUGGCCUUUAGGGGUCAGCAAAGGAGCAUGGGAAUACCUGCUCUCGGAAAUGUAGAAUUUCACAGGACUGUUUCUUAACCUCACCUUUGUUGAUUUUUUUUUUUUCACUAAAUAUUCUUUAUGAAUCUGUUGAAUUUUGUUUUAAUAUUAUUGUACAAAAUUUUUAAUAAAGAUUUUAUUUUAGGG